UUCAGUUGUUUCUCAGCCAUACAUUAAUUUUCAUAUAAUGGAAAUACGUUUUGGCAUUCCUGGAGUCAUCAGUCAUCACUCAUCAUCAGAUUGUCAUCGUUUUUUUCUCCUUAUUACUUCAUUAAGACGUUGAUAAUUCACUACGUAAUUAGACAAUCAACGUAAUCAAUAUUAUAACCACAAGAAUAUCAUUAUCACUCAUCGAUACCAGUAUCGUCAUUGUGAGUAACAAGGAGUACGGAACAUCCGGGCAGUGUCAAAUGCGACAAGUGUAGUGGUGAUUAAAUAACAAUAUUGAGGUUACUUCGUAUCAGCUUUAUAGAUAGAUUCUUUUAAACAUGGCAAAGACCUAUGAUUAUUUAUUUAAAUUGCUAUUAAUUGGAGAUUCAGGAGUAGGAAAAACUUGUGUUCUCUUUAGAUUUUCUGAAGAUGCUUUCAACACAACCUUUAUCUCAACCAUUGGAAUCGAUUUUAAAAUACGCACAAUUGAAUUAGAUGGUAAAAAAAUAAAACUUCAAAUAUGGGAUACCGCUGGCCAAGAGAGGUUUCGUACUAUUACAACAGCUUAUUAUCGAGGAGCAAUGGGUAUAAUGCUCGUUUAUGAUGUGACUAAUGAAAAAAGUUUUGAAAAUAUAAAGAACUGGAUUCGUAACAUAGAAGAAAAUGCUUCAGCAGAUGUAGAGAAAAUGUUACUAGGUAAUAAGUGUGAAUUAGCAGAUAGGAGACAAGUUAAUAAGGAGAGAGGAGAGCAAUUAGCAGUUGAGUAUGGAAUUAAAUUUAUGGAGACGUCUGCUAAAUCAAGCAUUAAUGUUGAAGAAGCUUUUUUCACCUUGGCCAGAGACAUUAAAGCUAAAAUGGAGAAAAAAUUGAAGGAGGCAUCGAACCCGCCUAAAAGUGGAGGAAAUCAGCUAAAAGCUUCGGAACCUGCAAGGAAACCACCGAACUGGCUUUCACGAUGUUUUAUACUUUGACCCUCCAUUAUUGUGAAUGCUGCCGUGUAUACCGUUUUUAAUUGUAAAAAAUUUUUUUACAAAUUUGAAGUAAAAAACGUUGAGGCUAUACUUGCAACUAACUAUGGACAAUGCAAUUUAAGCCCUUAACGUUAAACAGCCUGGGGUCUUGAACAUUUUAACGAGUUAAAACAUGAUCUUGUAUUAUUAUUUUAAACGAAAUAUCGGGAACACAGGGGAAGAUGGUUGCCGUUGACCAAAAUCCACUCUUGCACAGUACUCUUUUUAAUUACUUUAGAUGUUAUAAUGUCUUGCAAAUAGAAGUGAUACUAAACUAAAGGAAACAUUUAAUUAUAAAAAAAAACUCGCUCAUUCGAUAGUACAAUCAUGACUCGACAAAUUUUUUCAAAAUUACUAGUGAAACGCCUAUAAUGCUGUGAAAUCGAAAUUUAUACUUCCUUUAUUAAAAAUCAUAAAGUUUAAUUUGUUUACCAUGAAGAACUUUACUUAAAAAUUUUUAUUUAGAAUUAGUUGAUCGAAUUAUAAUAACAUAAAAAUUAAUUACUAAGGACGAUAAAUAUUAAAAAAAAAAAAAAAAUUUAUUAAACUCCUUUUUUAUAUAAUUAUAUUGUCUAUAGUUUUUACACAAAUUUAAUAAUUAACUUUUGUGAUGUAUCAGCUUAAAUGACUGUUGAUUUAUUAAUUGCUAUCAUGACAAUUAUGUCAUACAAUAUGAUUAUGAAACAAACACAAGUUUAAUUUUUACGUUGAUAUUAUAAUUGUAAGAACUUCCUCGUAAAUGUUUAAAACACAUAAAUUAAAUCUAAACGCGUAAUUCAACGAAAUAAUAUUAGGCCAAUGUACAAAACAAUCAGUAAUCAUUAAAGAUCUCUUUUAUUUGCUCGUUACUGACACAGCCUGUUCGCGUUGAUAUGUUUUUUGCAUUCUUACAGUUAUUUUAUUUAAACUCAAAUAAAUAAGUAAAAAAAA